AAAAGGUCGGUUGUUGGGCUGGUCUUUUCUUAUACCUUUAUGAUAAAAUCCAAAAAAGGUCUUUACAUCACACGAUUCUCAGUUGGCUAAUUUUGGUGCUCUAAGCUAAGAUCCAAUGACUCAUUCGUUCUCAAAUGGGCCUAAGUAAUGGGUUUGAUUGUUGAAGAAUAUGUCAAGGCGGAGAAAGCAGUCAUGUCAUAUAAACCAACUUUUUUGAGCCUGAAAUUUGUUCCCCAACGUAUAUCAAGUUGAUAUUCCGGAUCUUGAAUAUAAACUAAAUGAGUUCAAUCUUUUACUUCUUUAGUAUAGAUUGUCAAGUUACUCGUAUUUGUUCAAACCACCCACCUCGAAUGUACUGUGAUUUCAGAUGAACUAGAUGCGGUAAGGUAGCAUGCGCCUCAGAUUACAACUAUGUUUCAUCUGCUAUCACAAACAGUAGGAGAUGCACAAAUACUCUGCCUUCACUACCUUAAAAUCUUGGAUUUGUUUCUCGUGGAAAUAUACAAGUACUCUUUCUUAAAAAUCUUGAAUACGACUAUGGAUAUUAGUCAGAAUCCUUGUUAAACUUCUUUAGAAGCUGAAGUUCGUCUCGUUAGGUUGUCACUUGUCAAGUUGACUUGUAUAAUUUCUCAAUUUUCAUCAAUCGAUUAUAAACUAGAGUUGACUCUACCCAUGUGAGCUUUGGAAAGUUUAACCGGUUUCAAGUCCAAUUAAAAGAAAUAAGUUUACCAUCACAUGGAAUAUGACAUAGGGAGUAUGAUAAGUAAGACUAAGUUGCAAUUGCAAUACACAACACUAUUACCAUUAAUUCUAAUCCAAAUUAAUUGAUAGAUCGUUAAUCGAACCUAACUAAUAAAGGUGAAACUAGCCAACCAAUUGAUCUAAUAAUCAAAGUUACCAUCUCAUUUUGUUGCGAACCAAAUUCGAGUAAAGAAAGCACUCUAGCUUCCUAGACUUUGAAAUUUUUAUUGUUCUUUUUGCCCUUUAUUUGUUUGAUUUUAAUAAAGGUGACAAAUCUUUAAUUGCAUGUAUGGCUUUCUCCUCAAGAAUUAAAGAACUCUGUUUCUGCUCACUCUCCAAUUGGUUAGUUUCUGAGUAUAUAUAAACACCCAAAAAACGAACUCCUAACAAACCCAUCUUCUCCAUUUUGUUAGAGUUCGACUCAGAAUACACAGUUCCCAUUACUGAUUUGUUAAUUUUGCAAAACUGUUGAGCUUUCGUUUUAGUGCGCCAUUAUUCUUUCAGCAUUUCCUACUGAUUGUCCUCUUCAAGUAAGAUUCUUUUUGCGAACCCCAAAUGGAAGAAACACAAGGACACAAGUUUAUAUGCAAAUUUUGUGACAAGAGUUGUGAUAGUGGAAAGUCAUUGGGAGGUCACAUGAGGGGUCAUUUAGCAUUGAUUUCAGCUGCAAAGAAUCAGAAAGAAGAAGCUGAUAGCAAAAUGGGUUCUCAAGAAGAAGAAGAAGCUGCAAAUACCCAUGAAGAUUUGAGCAUUUCAGAGCAAUCUGAUGGAAGCAUGAAUCAAGAAAAGGACAAUAAUAUCAGCAUUGGUGAUGAUGGUGACUCAGUUGGUUACAGUUUAAGAGAGAAUCCAAGAAAAUCUUGGAGGGUUUCUGAUUUAAAGGUUUGUUCUUUGGAAACAACAAAUAUCUGUAAAGAAUGUGGCAAAGAAUUCCCCUCCAUGAAAGCUCUGGCAGGUCAUUUGCGAACUCAUUCGAAGAAAGGGAUGGAAAAAUGUCAUAUUUGUGAGAAAUGUGGAAAAGGGUUCGCUUCAAUGAGGGCCCUUUUUGGUCACAUGAAAGUUCACUCGAAAAGAUUAAGGGUUGAUAAUCAAGAUUCUGAAUCAAAACAGAGUUUGUCUGAUUUCGAUACUGUUUGCCCUAUUCGGAAGAAGAGAUCAAAGAUAAAGUAUAAGAUGGAUGCAAGUUCUUCUUUUUCCGGUUUGAAUGAAUCCUCUUCUGCAAUUAGUGAAGUUGAUGAAAUGGAAGAAGCUGCUAGGUGUUUGAUGAUGCUGUCAUCGGGUGUUACGGACUGGGAUGAAUACAUUUCGAUUUCAGAGAAUUCUAAAAAUGAAAAUGUCAUUCUUGAAAGUGAACCAUUUCACUGUGCUAAGGGGAUUUCUGCUGAUGCUUUUACUACUGUAAAGCAUUUGUCUCAUACAGUCUUUUCUGAUUCUGGUUGUGUUGAUGGUUACGAAAAGAACUACGAAAUUUCUGAGUUUUCAGACAGGUUGAUGUUGAUCAACACUGAGAUCACAAAGGUGUGCUAUUCUACUGAAAUGCAGUUUGAGAAUGAUCCAAGCUCAUCAGUUGUAAUGCAGGAUCUUGCUUUUCUGAAUUCUUGUUCAGUCAAGAAUGCAGGGCUGAACAUGGGCAAUUCUCAAAUUGGAGUAAUCAGGACAAGUCCUGAUCCUAUCAAAAGCAAGGUUCACAAAUGCCCAAUUUGCUCCAAAGUUUUCCCAUCAGGCCAAUCCUUGGGAGGUCACAAGAGGGCUCAUUACACUGGAUUCACUGAAAGCAAAACUAAAGAGACUAUGGUGAAAAAAUUGGAUGAUGUUGCUGAUAAUCAUAAAUCUUUUGAUCUGAAUAAUCCUGUUAUUGCUAUGGAUGGAGAGGAAAAAGAUGUUGAGCUCAAGCUUUGGUGGGUUGAAAGUGGUGACGCGUUGAUGAUGUCGAGUUGAGAUAAUUCAUUCUCAGUUUCUGCUCUAGAGGUUUAAGAAUCAGAUAAUUCAUGAUUCUUUUUCAUGCUAGAGUUUCAUCAUUGUAAAAAUAGUGUUUUCAGUCUUGGAAUAGUUAAACAUUUUUCCAAAACCAUAAUGAGAAAUGAGGCAUACAAAUUACAACAUUACUGGUAA